AUGGCUGUGGCCAGCAUGUCCAUGCCUGGAAGGAUGGGCACCCCUAGAGGUCUUGAUGACUACAGUCUUUACAGCGCCCUGUCAGAUGAGGAGCUGAUGCAGCUGGUCAUUGAACGCAGCCUCACUGAGGACCACAACUCUAUUGAUGCCAUUCAAUCAUCCCCACCUGUGUAUUGGCAACCCAAUUACCAGCCAAACCAAUUUACCACCAACCAAUUUAUGACUGGUGUCAGGCAACCCUCUGCAACAAGGCACAUGUAUGACUUUCCCGGAGCCAACCCGAACCCAGCCAACCCACCUCCAAACCCCUCACCUGCAAACCCACCUUUAGCAGACCAUAUUAUAGAUGUGAGACCCCUGGUGCCUGUGAUUGAGAAUGGUGAUUUAAAGGCCUUAAAAGAAAUAGUGAAAUGCAAUCCAAAGAGUCUCUUUGUACCAAAUGAGGAUGGAUGGAUUUCUCUACACGAAGCUGCAUAUUACGGUCAAGAAGAAUGCCUCAAGAUUAUAUUAAGAGCCCAUCCUGGGAUAGUGAACACAUGUGGUACAUACAAUCAGACCCCACUUCUUUUGGCUGCCAUCUUUCACCAUGUGAAUUGUGUGGAGUGCCUUCUAGACAGAGGUGCAAAUCCCAACAUUGCCAAUAACGACGGAGAAACACCACUCUUGAAAGCUUGUGGGAAGCCCAAUGCAGAGAUUGUAGACCACCUCCUAAAGUAUGGAGCCUCAGUGCACAAGGCUUGCGUUCAGGGUGUGACACCUCUCCAUGAAGCAGCCGGGCAUGAUAACGUGGAAAUUUGCCAGAUGUUGUUGGAUGCCGGGGCCAAGCUUAAUGCAGCCAAUAUCUACGGGAUAGACCCUUUCUUUACGGCAGCACAGAACGGGAGAGUGGAGGUGUUGUCUUUCCUGAUGAGCAAAGGGGUUGAUAUGAACUGCCAGGCAUGUGAUGGGGCAACACCCUUGUACGAGUCAAGUAAGAAUGGUCACAAGGAAGUUGUGGAACUGCUUCUAUCUCAGAAAGCAGAUGCAAACCGAACAACCAAGUCUGGCCUCCUGCCUCUUCAUGUUGCUGUCCAGAAAGGACAUUUUGACAUUGUAUCCAUGCUGAUCCCUGCCACAAGUAAGGCCAAAGUUCAAUGCAGUGGCAUCAGUCCCCUCCACCUGGCUGCUGAGCACAACAGGGACUGGAUUCUAGAAGUGCUUAUCAAGGGAGGAUAUGACGUCAAUCUCCAGCUGGCAGAAGACCGAUCCAAAAUGUAUGAGGACCGUCGCAGCACAGCGCUCUACUUCGCUGUCGCCAACAACAACCUAGAAGCCGCAGAAAUGCUUCUGGAGGCCGGCGCUAACCCCAACCUUGACAUGUUCAACCCUCUUCUUAUCGCUGUGAGGCGGGGUUGCAUGGAAAUGAUCACAGUGCUGGUGGAGCAUGGAGCUAACAUGAACGCGUCCAUCCUCACACACCCCUGCUCCUUCCCGGCAGUAGUCAUGCUCGGUAUGAAGUAUUCACAAAUCCUGAAGUAUCUGAUGGACAAUGGCUGCGAUGCCCUUUCCUGUUUCGACUGCACAUAUGGCAGCAAGCCACACCCACCCCUGAAAACUUUAAGUAGAGGCAGAGGCUUCACCGAAACUUUGCGCUACGCUACCGAUGAGGACGAAGCUCCAAUCAAAAUGUACAUCCAGUUCUGUGAGACGAUCAACGAUCCGACGAUAAGUUGCUGGGCUGGGCCCAUCAUAGACACGCUCCUGGAUUAUGUUGGCCAUGUGAAACUCUGCUCCAGGCUGAUUGAGCACCUGGAUAGCAACCAUGACUGGGCAGGGAUCAAAGUGAAAGCAAUGCCACCAUAUUCACUGAUGAAGCUGUGUAGGCUGAAGAUCCGUCAGCAGGUUGGAAUCCCCAGACUGAGGAACAUUGACACCCUGCCCCUCCCACCAAUACUAAUCAAGUUCCUUAACUAUAAAAAGGGAGAUUGA